AGCGGCCUUCGGUUCGGCACGUUUUGAGUUUGUGUACCUAUCAUGACUACGUUUGGUGCAAAACUGGAACAUCUUUUAUGUUCCAGGGCUGAGAUAAUCAGCCGAAUGCACAGACCCCCACCAGCUGAAGGGAAUGAUUUGGAACGCCUUCUGAACUUACCUCCGAACACAAACCCAUCAGUACAAGCGCCACCACCAAAUGUACCAGUUUGGCCGGAUGAACAGGCAGCAGCAUUUUGUGCAGUUGCUCCUCCUAUUGAAACAUUCAUGGAUGUUCCUGAUGAAAUUCGCCGGGACCAAUUUUAUGCUACAUGUCGACGUGAUGAUGUAUUAGUGGGUGUUAUCAGUGUUAUACAGGAUUCCGGUCUUGUAGUCUCUGUCCUGGCAUAUGAUCAAGGACCUCGGCGGGAUUUCGAAGGUCUAAAGAUCACGGGCUUUUGUCCGUUGAGACAACUUCCGCGAUAUAAUGCUCACGGAAACGCUUUGGAUGCUUUUCAAAUCGGUGACAAAGUUCGUGCAUUUAUUCUUGACAUUCAUGGAGGUGGACGUCUAAUAUUAAGCAUGAAUGCGAAGAUGCUUAAUCGUGAUACUUAUGGGGAUCUGAAACUUGGUAUCAUUACUGAUGAUGAUAUGCCUCUAUAUUACAAGAAACUUCAGAAUUUGGAUGGCAAAUCGUAUGAAGCCUACCUUGAAUCAACACCACAAUUUCGCAACCCAGAUGGCCUUCAAGUUCUGUGCGCACGCAUGGGGAUACCACGUUCGUCAGCAUGUAGUCUUCUCUUUUGUAUUAAUAAAAUCCGAUUACCAAAAUCAGAGAUGGCUUGUGAGCUUAGACGUACCCAGUUGCUGAAUUUUUCAAUGAAACAUGUCGCCCAAGGUGUAAAAUAUUUCAAGGAAAGCCGAAAUACUGAAGCUUUACAGUGUUACAAUUUUGCAAUUGAAGUUGAACCAACUAAUCCUGACGCCUAUGUUGCCCGUGGUGCUCUCUAUGCCUCAAUCGGCACGUACACAAAGGCAGUGGAGGAUUUGGAGAAAAGUCUUGAAAUCCAACCAAAUCAUGUUAAUGCUAAAAAUUAUCUAGUUCAGACGCUGGUUGCGUAUGCUGGCGAAAUUGGGCGUAAGGAAAUAAGCAAGGCAGAACAAUUAAUAAAUCGGGCACUUAAGUUGGAUCCUGACAAUAAUGAAGCCCGAGAUGCACUGAAAGAACUUCAAACUAACGGAUCUUUCUCUACUAACAAGGAUGCUGGUUUGCGAUCCUGGUCACGAACGCCUUCUCCACGCGGUUCAAGUCGAAAUGUGGGUAACAAACGUGACCACACUCCUCUUUCUCCAACUGCAGUUCGUCCAAGUGCGGGUUACGCCACUCAUAUGGAACGUAGUAGAGCUGCUCUAGAACAGCUUGUUGAAGAAGAUCGUAGUCGACGUGCUGCUAAAGAGGCUAAUCGUCAAAACCACGCACCUGACCAAAGCCCUCCAGGGUUUUUGUCUCCCAAUCCCUCUCACGAACGACGAAGAGGAGAUUACUAUCGCGAUGAUAUAAAAUCUGCUGGUGGUGGUAAUGCUGCUAUGGACAAAACGAAUAUGGAUCGUGGUGACCUAUCUAAAAUCGUAAUUACUCGCAACCGAUCCGGACGUAUUAUACGCUGCAAAGAUGAUGAUGAGAUGGGUGAUGAGUCAAACAGGUCAGAAGGCUUAUGGAAACGUUCCUAUGAUGAUAAUCGAAAUGGUCCGGAUAAUUCGAAAAGAAGUCGAGCAGAUGGGGAAUCAGAAUAUCGAAGCACAAGACGAGUAUUUACACCUCCACGAAAUGCACGUGAAGGAGAACAUGGUUCUCUUACUGUAUAUGAGAAUGAAAAUGAUCUUCCUAUGACUUCUAAAAGUCUUCAAGAGCGUGUUCAAGCUCGUUUACGUGCUAUAGAACGACGCCACCAACUGGAAGAAGGAAAUAAUCCUGGAACUACUGAAGUUACUAACGGCGCACCUACUGUUCAGGAUAAAAAUCGCGAAGGUUCUCUUGCAGUCGGAGAUGAUGCCCCGCCAUCUGAAUCUCCUAAAGGUGAUCGAGGACACUUUCGUGGGAAUGGUCCAUCAAGUACUGAUCGUCGAUCAGGUGGCUCAUUUCAGCGUCCUGAAUAUCAUGGUAGCCGCGGCAGUGGAUACUAUGGAAGAAAUCGUCCUCGUGGAGGUCCCCGAUGGCGUAAUCAAUGGGAUGAUUAUCGUUUGCGCCGAAAUAACUGGCAUAAUCAUCGCGUCGGCAGAUAAUGCACGACAUGGAAUUCUCUAGGACGACAUUCGCAAAACAUGUCCAAGCCACCACCUAAGGUGAGUGCAGGAUCAGGGUCCUGCCAGCCUUGUAAAAGUACUUUGCACUUCGAAUGUGCAAAACACAUAUCAUACCUACGGACAUUGAUUACCAACUGAUUAAAUGUGGAUUACAUGGCUUGGUUAUUAUCGCACAGUAAGACAAUAUUAACCGCAUAUUCACGGUCGAGAGGUCUUUCUCCUGGCAACAGAUUCACACCAUUACUUACAUCCCUCAGAGCUGUUUCCCGAAUGUCAUCGGUAGCAAAGUUGAAAAGGGAUGGUGUCUAACCUCACUGCUUGAAUCGAACAAUAGAAAGAGGUGGUUGUAUGUCUUCACUCUGCAUGAGGUGUUUAUAUGUAGGGCCCUUCAGAUGUUAAUGAACUUCUCAGGCACACCCUUCUUCAAUAGACAAUCCCACAGAACAAUCCUGUUCAAUGAAUCGAAGGCAGCUCUGAUGUCAAGACACACUACGAUUGUUGGAUUGUAAUAAGUAUUGCGGUGUUGUAACAUUUGCCAGAGGGUGAAGAUGUGAUCAUUAGAUCAUCGGCUAGAACGAAAACUAACCUGCUAGUGUUUGGCAUCCGGUCAUCACAGAUUGUUUCGCUCACACCGGAAUUUUUAUUGUCUAUGACUCAGAUGAGUUGAAAGAGUUUUCGGCAAUAACCAAAUGCAGCUUCUGCUUCCAACUCUGUGUCCAUUCAAUUCAUUUGAUUUUUACAUACCAAGUUAGCAUAGUGUUUUAUUUUGUUUAUAUCUAUAUCACACCCAUUUUUCAAGUGAGUUUUAUCUCCAAGUUUAUAAAAAUCAUCACCGAAUAAUUAGUUGUUUACUUUGUGCUUAUCUUGUGAACUACUACUGUUUUGCUUUUCCUUUGGUAACAUUUUUAAGUUAAUUUUGUAUAAUUUACUGCAUACAGUUAUGAUGACCGUAGACGUGAUGGUCCAUCGGCUAGAUCGGGCAGUGCCAGUAACUUUGAACGUCGCAGAAAACGUUAUGGAACAUCUGGAUCUGCUGAGCGCUCACCUCGGUCUUCUCGUUCACGUUCGAGGUCACGAUCACACGUUUCUAAAAGUCGAUCACGUUCAUAUUCUCGGAGCCCUCGAUCAUCACCUCGAUCGCCAUCACAUUCACCAAUUCGACCUGGUGCUCGUGGAAGAGUAAUAUCUCGUGCUCGCAUAAAAACUCCCCCUCUUGCCCCACUAGUUACAAGUUUCAGGCGUAGUGAAUCAGAUGAAAACCUAGCUGAAUUAGACCAAUUUGUUGCACAGUUGAAAGCUAAAAGACAAUUACAACAGCAAUAUCAACAACAACAGUACAUGGCUCAGUUCCAAGAGAUGCAAGGUCCAAUAGUCAACACUGCGGUUGUUUCUCAAACUCAGCAAGAUUAUCAGCAAAUGGAAUUAGAAUCUGGACAAAAUAGUCCAUCUAAAGGUGAUGGUGCUCCUGCAAAUAAUGAAUGCCUUUAUUCAGAUAAAGAUGAUACACAAAAUGAUUACAACUAUAAUCGUCAUCAACAAGAUUCUCCAGAACCUCCUCAAGCACAAUCUCCACCUCCACUUGAUGAUUCUAUGAGGGAAGAUAAUGCUGUUGAGAACGCGGCUUAAUGUGUUUUUGAACAUGUGUAGAAUUUUUCAUGAAUCACUGUAUUUUUUUGCAUCUAUUAUUCCAUUCUGAAUUUUAAGCUGUUUAUUUGAGAAGUUCUGUGGAUAAAAAAAUUUAUCAUGUUCAUUGUUUGUUCAUCUCCAAUGAUUUUAUGAAAUGAACAAAUUUCAAUCAAUAUAAAUAGAGCUAAGUUAGUCUCUAUUAUAUAUUGUGUUUUCUUCAAUUACUAUAUUACUAAAUACCCAUAUAUACACUUGAUAAAGCAAAUUGUUCGUUUAUAAUUCUUAAAUCACUAUCUUCAAUACGUUUCUCAUUAUGAACUAUUCUGUAGAGUUUGACAAUAAUAAGCUAUGAUUGAUACGGAAUAUUAAUCAAAAGUAAAACACUUGUAAUAUGUG